CCAGUACCUACAAUUAGACAAUAUACUAAUAAAACAUGCGAGCUCUAUUGAAUGAUUUUUCCAUCCUUCCUUUUGUUCCUCCUUCACCUUUAUUCUUUUGUUUUAGAUUGUUAGUUAUUAGUGUUAUCAUGGCCAAGUUUUCUGAUCUCAGUUACACUUUCAGUGAUAAUAUAAAAGCCGCUGCUAGUCUAAAGUUGGAUUUAUCAAAAAUUUUAACACCAGAACAACAUGAAAUUUUCAGAAAAUAUCAAGAAGGAGCAAAUGUUCCGGAAGUCGGAUCAUUUUUCGGUUUUCUUACAAUGAUUGGUCAUCUUUGUGGUAAUAGUUUCUUUUUACAUUAUAAUUCUGACUCCGAAGAAAAAUGCAUUAAUUUAUAUUCGGUUAUCAUCGGUCGAUCGGGUACUGGCAAAUCAAAUAUUAUUCGUGUGAUUAAAGAAGCAAUUGUAAAAAUUGAAAACAUCUUCUCAGAUUUUUAUUUAAAGCCAGUCAGAAUCGGACUACAAGAGCAAGAAACAUCUUCUGUCAUAUCAGAUUUAUCGUUGUUAGGACUUAGAAAACAUUUAGCAUCACAAAAUAAAAUAUUGAUAUAUGAUGAAGCAGAUAACAUAUUGCAAAGAUAUGGACUAUUUGGUAAUGAAAAUGCAAAAAGUGCUGCCGCAGCUGCAUUAAUUAUCAAAGCAUUUGAUGGGUAA